AUGUCUUUAGGCAUUACACUUUUAGACGGGUCAGAGACGUCUCAGAGACGUCUCAUCCGGCCUUUAAAAGACGUCUUAAAAACGUCUCGUGCUUACUGGGCAGCUACUAAAGGUGGCGUUAUUGCAGACGAUGAUAUCAUAUGUUACAAUGAUCAUAAAAGCAUCAUUAUAACUGCAGGUAUGUGUUUAUUUUAUUUUUUUGUAAAGUAUAGAAAAAAGCGAAAGCCUGAAAUAAUAAAUGACUAUUUAUGUGGUUUAAAAGGUAUUGUAAAAGCAUACAGCGCUCCAACGAAUGAAGCAUCGACAGAACCUGAAGCUCACUCCGUUGCAGGGCGAUAUUUAAGUGUUGACAUAGGAAAUCUAUGUCAUAUACAUGUUUUCCUCUAUUUUUUAUUCCGCUUAGAUUCUGCACCAGACGCAUUGCAAGAAAGUGAGAAUGCUUUCAAUGAUGAUGACGACUGCGACGAUGAUGACGAAGGCAGUGACACACAAAAUGAUGAUGAUUGCUAUGAUGAUGAUGAGUUAAAUGAUACCGAUGUAUCAAAUGAUGGGCGUCGUCGACGAUGUUAUCGUAAGAGAAAAUGUGGACGAAAAUACAGUGUACGUAAGGGAUAUGGUGGACGAAAAGGAUAUAUUAGACGUAAAGGAUAUGCUGGACGUAUAGGAUAUGGUGGACGCAAAGGAUAUGGCGGACAUAUAGGGCAUGGUGGACGUAGAGGGUAUGUUGGACGCAAAGGAUAUGUUGGACGCAAAGGUUAUAGUGGACGCAAAGGAUAUGUUGGGCGCAAAGGAUAUGGUGGACGUAAAAGUUAUGGAGGACGUAAAGGAUAUGGUGGACGUAAAGGAUAUGUUGGACGUAAAGGAUAUGGUGGGCGUAAAGGAUAUGUUGGACGCAAACGAUAUAGUGGACGUAAAGGACAUGCUGGACGCAAAGGAUAUGGUGUACGUAAAGGAUAUGGUGGACGCAAACGAUAUAGUGGACGCAAAGUACAUGCUGGACGCAAAGGAUAUGGUGGACGCAAGGGAUAUGGUGGGCAAAAAAGAUAUGGUGGACAAAGAGGAUAUGGUGGACGCAAAGGAUAUGGUGGACACAAAGGAUACGGUGGACGAAAAGGUUAUAGUGGAUGAAAUUACAUAAAGUAGCAUGUAAUUUAUUCUUUAAUAAAACGACAUCUCUUACGUAAAAUUACUUGUAGUUCUAAAUUGUGUUUCGGUUUUCCUUUAUUUUAUUUUAUUAUUAUUUAUUUUUUAUUAUUAUUUUUAUUUAUUUAUUAUUAUUUCAUUUAUUUAAAGUUGGUUUUACAUAGUAAAUGGUAAA